AUGGGCAUCUUUUCGCGCCGCCGCAAGUCGGAUGAUACCGCAGUAACGCAAACAACCUCACCGACCGUCGUCCCUGAACUCAGCAAACAACAAAUCAAGCGCGCAACUCGCACACGCAAGAUAUGGGCGCUGAUAACAUCCUUUUUCCUCUUCAUCACCCUCAUCUUCCUUAUCCUCGUCAACAUUGCUGGUGUACGCAACAAGUCUGUUAUUAGGGAUUGGUACUUUAUCCGCCUCGACUUGAGCCAUAUCGUGCCCGCCAGUGUACCGAACUUCGCCCUCAUCAACACCAUCGCGCAAACGCUGGGAUUGCACGAUUUCUACCAAGUCGGGCUAUGGGGCUUCUGCGAGGGUUAUGCGGGCGAAGGCGUGACUUACUGUAGUAAGCCAGAAACGCUGUAUUGGUUUAACCCUGUGGAGAUCCUGCGUAAUGAGCUUCUUGCUGGAGCGUCGAUCAAUCUUCCCGCUGACAUCAACGAUAUCCUCGACCUAAUCCAUCUCGUCUCAAACUGGAUGUUCGGUCUUUUCCUCACCGCAACCGUCUUGUCCUUCGUCCUCAUCUUCGUUAUGCCCAUUUCCAUCUAUACGCGCUGGCUCACCCUCGUCGUUGCUAUCCUCGCCUUCCUCAACGCGCUCUUCGUAACGGUCGCCUCCGUCAUCGCAACCGUCAUGUUCAUCAUCUUUCGCAACACUAUUGGUGGUGUGGCUGAGCUAAAUAUCGAGGCGGAAAUUGGCGUCACCUUGUUCGCCUUCAUGUGGGUAGCGAGCGCUUUCGCCAUAUUCGCUUGGCUCGUACAAAUGGGUCUCUGCUGCUGCUGUGCGUCGAGGAGGGACGUCAGGAAGGGCAAGAAGAGAGGAAACGAGAAGGCAUACCAUAUGGAUCCUGCUGGCACAGAGGCUGGCGGCAUCAGAGACACAAACAUGGUAGCUGGCGAGACGAGUGAGAAGCCACAGAAGAAGGGUUACCAAUUCUGGAAGCGAUCUGGCUAG